CAUAUGCAUUAAGUUCCACCAGUUCCUAUCAACAAUUUCAUUUCUUGAUCAGGUUUCGUCGCGCGAUUAACAAUUUUUUGCUCUAAAAUGUAUGCGCGACAGUUGCAACGAUUUUGUAAUAUGUUAUUUAUGAAUUUAUUUGUUUCGUUUAUUCUUCUAGUGGUAAUUAGUCAACAAGCUCACUGUGCACAGAUUACCAAUGCUAACACCACCGAACCAAUCGAUCCCUGCCAGCAAACUCACUGUGGACCGAACGACAAUUGCACGAUUCGAAAAGAAGUAGCUAUUUGCCAAUGCAUCGCUGGUUAUUCCGGUGAUCCAUAUGCUGGCAGUGGCUGUACACGAGCAUGCGAAGCCCAUAAGGACUGCUACGAAGGAUCAGCUUGCAUACGACACAAAUGCGUAGAUCCAUGCCCAGGCUUAUGUGGUGUUGACGCUAAUUGUCAUGUUGUUAAUCAUAAUCCAAUUUGUUCUUGCCCACCCGCAUACACAGGCGACCCAUUUUCAAAAUGCAUACGCACGUAUCAUUCAACUGAAAAACCACCGAUUGAACAUGCUUGCCAACCAUCUCCUUGCGGACCAAACAGCGAAUGUCGCACGAACGAUCAACAAGCAGUUUGCUCGUGUUUACCAGGCUACAUAGGAAAUCCACCAAACUGUACGCGCCCAUGUGGCUUGAAUUCUGACUGCGAGAAGGAUGAAGUCUGUUUAAAGCAAAAAUGCGUCGAUCCCUGUUCCGAUAUUCCUGAUUUUUGCGGAUCACAAGCAUCGUGCUACGUUCGAAAUCAUAAUGUACACUGCUCCUGCCUAUCGGAUUACACAGGAGAUCCAUUUUCGCAGUGUUCACCAACGUCAAACAUCACCGAACCAACCAAUCACUGCCACCCAUAUCGCUGUGGACCAAAUGCCAAUUGCACGAUUCGAAAAGAAGUAGCUGUUUGCCAAUGCGCCGCUGGAUUCUCUGGUGAUCCAUAUACUGGAUGUAGUCGAGCAUGCGAAGCCAACAAGGACUGCUACGAAGGAUCAACUUGCAUACGACAUAAAUGCGUUGAUCCGUGCCCAGGCGUAUGUGGUGUCGAUGCUGUUUGUAAUGUUUUUAAUCAUAUUCCUGUUUGUUCAUGUCAGCCCGAAUACACAGGCGACGCAUUCUCAGUAUGCAGACACACGAAUUCUUCAACUGAAACCCCUCCAGUUAAAAAUCCAUGCGAACCAACGCCUUGCGGACCCAACAGUGCAUGUCGCACGUACAAUGGACAAGCAGUUUGCUCGUGUUUACCAGGCUUCAUAGGAAGUCCACCAACAUGUACAUCUGAAUGUGUUUUGAAUUCUGACUGUGGGAAGAAUGAAGCCUGCAUCCGACAAAGAUGCCUUGACCCGUGUCCAGACACAUGCGGUGUUAACGCUGUUUGUAGUGUUGUUAAUCAUAGUCCACUUUGUUCGUGCCAACAGGGAUACACAGGCGACCCAUUCUCAAUAUGCACACACUUGAAUUCUUCAACUCAAACCCCACCAAUUAAAAAUCCAUGCGAACCAUCACCUUGCGGACCUCACAGUGAAUGUAGGUUGUACCAUGGAAUACCAAGUUGCUCGUGUUUACCAGGCUUUAUAAGCGUUCCACCAACAUGUACACAACCAUGUGGCUUUAAUUCUGACUGUGAGAAGGAAGAAAUCUGCCUGAAGCAAAAAUGCGUCGAUCCCUGUUCCGAUAUCCCUGAGUUUUGCGGAUUACACGCAUCGUGCUACAUUCGAAAUCAUAAUGUACACUGUUCAUGCCCAUCGGAUCCGAACGGAGAUCCAUUUUCAAAGUGUUCUCCAGGAUCGCCGAUAUCUCCGGCCACGAAUUCAACAUCUCCCUGCGUUAGUAAACCAAAUCCUUGUGGUCCAAACUCGCAAUGUAGAGAAAUCAAUGACACUGCUGUGUGCUCCUGUCUACCGGGUUAUGUCGGAUCGCCGCCAUCUUGUCGACCGCAAUGUACCGUGAGUUCAGAUUGCUAUAGAGAUUUAGCCUGCAUUAAUCAACGUUGUACGGAUCCUUGCCCGGGAACCUGCGGUAUCAAUGCAAAAUGUAGGGCUAUAGAACAUAAUCCCAUAUGCACUUGUAUCGAUGGGCAUACUGGCAGUCCUUUCGUUCAUUGCUCUCCAAUGAAUACCACUUCGAAUCCGACAACAAAUCCACCAACAGGUGCCUGUUUAUCAAGUCGUUGUGGUUUGAAUACGGUAUGUAAAGACAUCAAAGGCACUGCUGUAUGCAAUUGUUUACCCGGUUACAUGGGAUCGCCAGAAAUAGGCUGUCGGCCAGAAUGUGUCAAUAAUUUAGAUUGCGUUAGUCACUUAGCCUGCAUUAACCAAAAAUGUAAAGAUCCUUGUCCGGGACAGUGCGCUGACAAUGCAACGUGUCAGGUUAUACAGCAUACUCCCUCAUGCACUUGUAAUGCUGGGUACAUUGGAGAUCCUUUCUUUAGAUGCUCUCCGACUCCGACCAGUGAGUAGCAAUCGCUCUUGUCCAUCAAAGGCACACCGAGGAAAUCCGCAUUUAACGUGUUCGCCAAUAUAGUGAACAUUUUUACAUCUAGCGUAUUGGCAGCUUUGCAGCUAUCCGUAUUUUAAAUUAAUGAUUCACUGGUUGCUGUUCUGGUGAUAACAAAUUAGUGGUAGUUUCAUACUUGGUUAUUGUAUCAUUUGUAUAGUCGAAUACAACUUUUCCCCUGAG